AUGAGAAAAAUCUCGGAGGAGGUAAAAGUGGGUGUUAUGUCGGCUCGUUCGAAGGCGGUGAAAAAAGGGUCGCACACCAAAGAUUUUGCUCUGUUAAUGACGUCGUUUUUAAUGAAGAUCGUCGGUCUUUGGUUAGCGAAAGACAGCAAGGAGGAACGCAAGCGUCGGUACACUUUGAUCUAUACGGUGGUCGCGAUUUUGUUUGGAGUGUGGGUGCAGUUCAGAGACUUCUAUUACUCCUGGCCGAAUUUUGGCGACUGUGCUUACACCGCUUGUAACAUUCUCUGCCUGAUUAUGGUACUGUUAAAGCUGUUCGUUGUAUUCAUACACAGGAAAGAAUUCAUCGAACUGCUUGUAUAUAUGUACAAAAAUUUUUGGCACCUCAAUUACGAUUGCAACGAACUACUACUGCUGCAAGACUGCAGAAGAAUUAGCACUAUAUGUAUCACGUUGAUUAACUUCUGUGCUCAAGGCACAAUUGUCAGCUACGUGCUAACACCUAUUAUAGCAAAUAUUGGAAGAAACAGUUCCGAUAGAGUGCUCCCAUUCAACAUGUGGGUUGAUUUGCCGCUGUCUGUGUCACCAACGUACGAAAUAGUGUUCGUGCUUCAGGUUCUGUCUUUGUACCACGUUGGUGUAUGUUACAUUUGCUUCGACAACCUUUUGUGUUUGAUGAACCUGCACGCGGCUACUCAAUUUCGUAUACUGCAAUACAGGUUAUCGAACUUGGGUGAUACGAACAGGAAGCAAGUAGAUGACAAUGAAUCCAGCGCAGCUCUGUCUCGUUUCGCGGAGAACUGUUAUAAGGCGUUUAAAAAUUGCGUACGACAACAUCAGAAUCAUAUCACGUACUGUCACAGAUUGAACGAAAUAUUCACGGUCAUUGUACUCGGACACAUACUUGUCUUCAGCCUUCUGAUAUGUCUGGUUGGAUUCCAAGUGCUCGUGUCACGGACUUGGACACCUGUGACUCCAGCGAGGCGGCUUACUUUCGUAUUUCACAUAGUCGGUAGUCUAUGCCAACUAUUGCUAUUUACCUAUAGCUGCGACGGUCUGAUAGAGGAAAGUACGAACAUCGGGACUGCGAUAUACCUCGGGCCUUGGAUACAUCUGCCAAUGGACAAAGCCGGCAGAAGGUUGAGAAGAGACUUGACAAUGGUCAUCGUAAGAUCGAGAAAAUCGAGCUGUUUAACUGCCAGCGGAUUCUUUCCUGUUUCGCUGGAAACUUGUACCACGGUGCUCAGUACAGCGAUGUCAUACUUCACUUUAUUAAGGCACUCUUUUGUAUAG